AUGCCCACGAAAGGAAAAAUAGCAAUACUGUAUCCAUACACAUUCAAGACAAGUCUAAUCAUCGUAAUAUUGGAUGAUUUUCCAGAGAAAUUACAGGCUAGACGAGUUCCUAUCGAGCUGGACACGAUCUCGCCUAUAAUAACUUCAUUUCCAACACAAUACAAUAGGUUUCCUGUCACAGAAACAGUAUGGUUCUUGGCCGGGCCAAUCAAAAUCUCGCCUGGUGACAAAUAUCGACACUUGCUCCCUACCUCAUCCAACGCCUCGUGGAAAUGGGCGCAAGGCCGACAUCCCAGGAACGGCGGAUUUCUAUAUGGCUAUCUCAAUGCAAAGAUAAUAGUUCACCUGUUCAGGCGGACAUUCGGCCAAUCCUACAGGGAAGAGAAUUCCGUCAAGGCAGUUGAGAUCUCCGCAGCGCGUACUUUACAUACAGGGAACGGUAAAAUCGAAUCAAAAACUGAUCUCGGGGUCUAUAGUCGACAAUGCAAAGCUGUGGUUCGUUGGCCAUACAACAUAAAGUCUUGGCGGCCCGCCUUUGGAGGCAUCAAGGUUCCAUCACAACUUGUCCUUAAUAUUCGGAGCUCCACAUUCUAA